AUGGGAGUGGAAGUGAGAUGGGAGUGGAAGUGAGAUGGGAGUGGAAGUGAGAUGGGAGUGGAAGUGAGAUGGGAGUGGAAGUGAGAUGGGAGUGGAAGUGGGAUGGGAGUGGAAGUGAGAUGGGAGUGGAAGUGAGAUGGGAGUGGAAGUGAGAUGGGAGUGGAAGUGGGAUGGAAGUGGAAGUGAGAUGGGAGUGGAAGUGGGAUGGGAGUGGAAGGGAGAUGGGAGUGGAAGUGGGAUGGGAGUGAGAUGGGAGUGAUGGGAUUGGAAGUGAGAUGGGAGUGGAAGUGAGAUGGGAGUGGAAGUGGGAUGGGAGUGGAAGUGAGAUGGGAGUGGAAGUGAGAUGGGAGUGGGAUGGGAGUGGAAGUGAGAUGGGAGUGGAAGUGGGAUGGGAGUGGAAGUGAGAUGGGAGUUGAAGUGAGAUGGGAGUGGAAGUGAGAUGGGAGUGGAAGUGGGAUGGAAGUGGAAGUGAGAUGGGAGUGGAAGUGGGAUGGGAGUGGAAGUGAGAUGGGAGUAGAGGUGAGUGGAAGUGGGAUGGGAGUGGAAGUGAGAUGGGAGUGGAAGUGAGAUGGGAGUGGAAGUGGGAUGGGAGUGGAAGUGAGAUGGGAGUUGAAGUGAGAUGGGAGUGGAAGUGAGAUGGGAGUGGAAGUGGGAUGGAAGUGGAAGUGAGAUGGGAGUGGAAGUGGGAUGGGAGUGGAAGUGAGAUGGGAGUAG